AUGACGUUAUUACCGUCUCUUCUAUUGUCACUUGCCGUGCUGUUUUGUAUUGCUGUUUCUGCAGCUGCAGAGCCGUCAGUCGAGAUCAAUGGAUGGUACCCGUGCUCGCAGAGCUCUCUCGUGCCUGACCAUGCGGACGAAGGGCACUCGGAUAUGUACUACAUGGAAACCUCCAGCUCUACCAGCGGUAGUCGCACAAAACGGAGAGCAGUGGCGGUGGUGGAAACAGAGCAGCAGCAGGGAUCGUCUCUGCCUUUUGUACACCAGUCAUUUGACCGGCUCUAUGCUCGGCGCUACCAUGAGAACGGAUCGAAGCAGCAGACGACACAGCACCAGGGGAAGUCGAAGCAGGAGCAGCACAAGUACAAGAGCUAUGAUGGAACUGUUGCAAGUGCACCUGCUGCUGUUCAGUACGAGUGUGCCGAGUUUCGUGUACCCAUGUGUUACGACACGGUGUGUCAGAGUAACAACACGAUUGACGUGUUUGUCAAGCGCGUGAAAGCUACAGCGAAAUCGGCCGAUGGUCAGAAAGAGAGGGCGCUGUGGGUGCUGCAAGGAGGUCCUGGUGCUUCGUCAACGGGCGUUGAAGAUCUGAUGGAGAUCAUGUUUACGCAGUUGGAGCAACAAGUUAGUAUCUACACUUUUGACCAUCGAGGCACGGGACGCAGUGCUAGGUUGCAGUGCCAAGCAGCACAAGCAGGGGGCUUGGGUAGUCCUGGCGGUGCUUCGAUUCGACUGGAUGAGCUCCCAGCCUGUAUGGAUGACAUUCGGUUCCAGAUUGACAACCAGACUGCUGCGUUUUCCGUCACAAGCGCGGCAAAAGACUUGGCAGCUGUUAUUGACUAUGAACUCAGUGACCAGGAUGUCUUUGUUUACGGACUCAGCUACGGCACGUACUUGGUCGAGCGACUCAUGCAUUUCACACCAGCAAGCGUGCGUGGAUUCUCAGUGGAUGGUAUUGUAUCAGAAAGUGGCGACUCUGUCGAGACGAGGUCGACAUUUUCAAACUGGGACUAUGAUGUCGGUGUCGUUGGCGAUCGAUUCCUUGCUGCUUGUAUGGCUGAUGAGUUUUGCAACGGCAAGUUCCCCAACGUCACGGACCUUUCGUUGUUCGUCCAUGAGCUGUACGAUAAGCUAGAUGCUGCUGUCGCUGACGAAAGACGAGGCAUCAACGCCUGUGCCGACGUGCUGACCAAGAAUGGCACGAAACCUUCUUACUUGCUGCGUGCUGCUUUCGGCAAUUACCUCAUGUCCGAGCUCUCGCGAACUGCAAUCCCCGCGGUGAUCUAUCGAGCGUCUCGCUGUACGGAUCACGAUGCCGACGCUCUUGCCUACUUUGCCGAAAAGUAUCUUGAUUCCUUGGAGGACGAUGGCUUUGGAGAUUCCAAGCCGGAGAUGCUACUAUUUGACUCGGACAUGCUCUACUACUUGAUUGUUUUCUCCGAGAUGUGGGAAUUCCCCACGCCUGACAAGGCGACGCUUAUGAAGUGGUUUGAGAACUCGACAAUGGCGUCGAACAACUAUCUGUCACUCCCGUAUUACUGCUUGUUUACGGGUAGUCGCGAGCACGCUUGUCAAGAACUGAUUCAUCUCCCUGUAGCUCGGCCUUUGGUAUACGAGCGUGACCAAUACUGGAACAAGACUAGUGAAUUGCCCGAUGGUGUGACGGCGUUGCUCAUGACAGGCGGUAUGGAUCUGCAAACGCGUCGUAUGUACGGCGAACAAGAGUACGAGAUGAUGGCCGGCGAGCGCAUGCUCGUGAACUUUGACGACGCUGGUCAUUGUACAACUUUUACAACUCCAACGAAUGAUGGUGGCAGGACUUGUGGCGUCCGCAUCUUGACAUCCUACGUGAAAGAAAACGGCGUGCUCGAAAAAGUGGACACGAGCUGCAUGAAAUAUCUCAAGCCUAUGCAGUUCUCAAACGAUCUGUCCAACGCACACGAAUUCUUUGGUACGGACGAUCUGUACGAAGAUCUCUGA